AUGUCGAAUCUCAAGCGCAUACUCAUUACAGGGGCCACAGGCAAGCAGGGAGGCGCCUUACUAUCGGCCUUGCUUAAAUCACCCCCAACGCCACCGUUCCAUCUGGUAGCCUUGACGCGGAACUCGAAAAGCCCUCAAGCACUCGCGCUCGCACAAAAACCCAACGUCACCGUCAUCGAGGGCGACCUCAACAACUGCGAAGCUAUAUUUAAGGCCUCGCCCGAGCCAUUCCAUGGAGUCUUCAGCGUGCAAGUGCCGCUGAAACCAAAGGUCGAGGAGCAGCAAGGCAAGGCACUUGUCGACGCGGCCGCAGCUCACGGGGUCAACCACUUCGUGUACACCUCAGCCGAACGCGGCGGGCCCCAACAAUCAGACCGAAGCGGCACCGUGGUCAAACAUUUUGUCUCCAAAUUCAACAUUGAAAACCAUCUCAAGCAGGUGUCGCAACGGGGAGGCGGCAAAAUGCAGUGGACCAUCAUCCGCCCGGUCGCCUUCAUGGAGAACCUCACACCCGACUUCAUCGGCAAAGCGUUCGCGACCAUGUGGCAAUUGAACGGAAUGGAUAGCAAGCUGCAGCUGGUGUCGUCGGUCGACAUUGGCAUCCUGGCGGCAGACGUUUUCAAGAAUCCAAACGCAUAUGCAGGCAAAGCCCUCUCGUUUGCGACAGACGAACUCACCCCGACGGAGGCCAACGCCAUUUUCAAGAGUGUGGUAGGGACGGACAUGCCGACGACGUAUCCCGUCGUGGGUCGCCUCAUCAAAUCCAUCCUCCACGAGCAGCUCGGUGUCAUGUUCGACUGGUUCAAGAGCGAUGGGUUCGGCGCCCAUCCAAGGGAGUACAAGGACAAGUUUCCCGAGAUGCAAGAUUUCGAGACCUGGUUGAGGCGGUCCAGUAAAUUUGCAAAGUCGGAUUCACGGUAG